UACAACAACAACAGAAAUGGCCUCUUCCCAGGAUGUCCACGUCCGAAUUUGUGGACAAGAAAUAAUCAAAUAUGAUCUCGAAAUUAAAGCUCUCAUUCAGGACAUUAGAGAAUGUCCGGGGCCACAAAGUGUGUUGAUGGAUUUCAACUCCGAAGUAAAAGACAGAUUCAAUCAGCUGCGACUGAGAAUCCAGAAUAUGGAGCAAAUGGCCAAGGAACAAGACAGAGAAACAGAAAAACAAGCCAUCUUGAGUGAGACAGAGAGUAAUCGUAGACAGAUGCUGAGUAACCAGACAGCUUGGAGGAAGGCAAACCUGGCAUGUAAACUGUCCAUUGACAACCUUGAGAAAGAUGAGCUGUUGUAUGGUGGAGACUCCACUGUGCGACAACGAAAAGCAACUAAGGAGAGUUUGGUCCAGACAUCCGGUGAUAUCACAGAGAGCCUGAUGAGCAUCAGUCGUAUGAUGGCUCAGUCGGUGUCGCAGAGCGAGGAGACCAUCGGCACUCUGGCUACGUCUUCAAGAACAGUCCUGGAAACGGAUGAAGAGUUCAAAGCCAUGACAGGAACCAUACAUUUGGGAAGGAAACUGAUCUCAAAAUAUAACAGACGAGAAUUGACUGACAAACUACUCAUCUUUCUAGCAGUAGCUUUGUUUUUAGCAACUGUCUUGUACAUUUUGAAAAAAAGGCUGUUCCCAUUCAUUUAGAGAAAAUUGUGAGCAGUUUCCUGUUCUUAAAUUUUUUUUGUCCCUUGAUAUUUCUGUCCACAACUAGGUCUGUAAUAUAACUGCAGGCAUGCCUUUCUAACCUUUCAAUGGGUUUUUCUUGCCAUACAGUCUUGUGCAUUUCCAUUAUGCACCUUCCCCAGACUGUCUACAGAACUGUCAGACUGUUUUUAUUUUAUUUAACCUUUAUUUAACUAGGCAAGUAAGUUAAGAACAGAUUCUUAUUUACAAUGAUGGACUAGGAGCAGUGGGUUAACUGCCUUGUUCAGGGGCAGAACGACAGAUUUUUACCUUGUCAGCUCAGGGAUUCGAUCUAGCAACCUUUCGGUUACUGGCCCAGAACUGUGUCAGACUGACAUGCAUUAUCUAUCUAUACCACAGAGGAAUGACCUUGUUUAAGGGCUCAUAGCUGGCAGGGACACUUAAAUUGUUGUGAGAGAGACUACUUAUUGUAUAAAAGAAUCAACUGUUUUACAACAUUUUGAAUAAACAAAUAUGUUUGUCUCUUUAAUUAUUGCUAACUAGCUCAAAGAUCUGUCUCCACUUUCACAUGACAUAGGGACAGAUAUACAUUUACCCUAAUAAAGUUUAGAAACGUUUGGUGUGGCUAUUAUUAAGCUUUAGUUACUCAGGCCUAUGAUAUGAAGGCCGUGCGCCCUGACGCUCCAAAUAACAGUUGAACUUGAGGAAGUUUCAGACCUACCAGAGUUAAUGCUAUAAUAUAAUGCUUAUCUUUAUACAAAAUAUUCAGAGAAAUUAACAAAUUACCCUCCUUCUGUAUGUCUAUCUGUAUAGCAGAUGCAGUAGCCAUCUGACAUUAAGAAAUGCAUCUCCAUCUCUCUGGGGUUAGGCCUAAGCUUCUCUUUGUUUAUAUAUAGGCUAUAUAUAUUUAUUAAAAUAUGAAUAUCAUACAAUAGACAACUAAGCCUGUAGGUCUUUGCAUGCAGUGCCCUGAUACAUUUAGUGCUCAAAUCUGAGACCUGAACUCUGUGGUGGACAAUUAUUGUAUUAGGAAUCGCCCCAAGUUAUAGGCUAUAAAGUUUUGCAUACGCUACACAUCGAAACACAAGGAAUAGGGUUUUUGUCAUAGGCUGUUAAGGACAUGUAAAUGUGUCUCACUUGGCAAACAUCCCUUGUUUAUUGAUGGUGCUAGCUGUGUUGGAUCUGAAUGCAUAUGGAUGUCCAUUAAAUUUGUAAUUUGUCCAGUAAAUUAAAAUCUUCCCUGUCAUGUUGUCCGGUGCCAAAUUUUCCUAAAGGAAACUCUGAAAUGGCAUAUUGUUUUUAUGAAGAUUUUUGAAUAUUCACAAAUCUGUCGCCAAUUGGAAGGAAACCUAGCUAUAGACACCGGCAACUCGCUAGUCCAGUGUCACUUUGAAUAUGCCUUCACAUCAUGAUUCAUCAGCAGCCCCAAACGUCUAAAGAAUAAGUUACCACCCAAACAAGCUUGUAAGAAUUGUACUUAAACUCUCCCCUUAUAUUUAUCUGGAGGUUGAUACACA